CUUACAUCUGCACAUUCUUCGACUGAUUCUCUUUCGGUAUCAUCUGAAAUGAAUCGGAUUAUGGAUGAGCGGGAUUCCAUGGCCGAGGCUGCCUCUACUGCCAGCCACGAAGCAGCAAUAGCAAUUGCCAACCUUGUUUUAAUGCAACAGGAGCUGCACCAAGUCUCUAAAAAAUUGGAUUAUGAAGCCAAUGCAUCUAAGUGCUCCAAUGAUGCCCGUCUUGCUGCUAUAGGCAAAUUGAACGAGGCCCACCUAGAGUUGGCUUCGCUGCGUGAAUUGAUCACAAAAACACAGCAGGAAAGGGAUGAUGCCAGUAAAUGUGCCAAAGAUCUGAGCGAUCAACUGGUAUUUAACAUCAAAUCGCAUUCAUCUGAGCGGCAUGCUCUCAAGGAAACUAUCAAAAUACUCACCGACUAUCUGUCAAGUGUAUCUAGUGAAUUUGGAACAUCGCUUAAGGCCAAACUGCAAAGUGAAAAGGAGCUCGCACUUUGUCGUGGCGGGAUACGUGGGCUUGUGGACAGAUAUCGCUUUUUCUCCCACCUCGAUAAUUACGAAAAGGACUGUAUGACUUCAACAAACCUAUCAAAAGAAGUUAAUCAAACUACUACAAGUUCUACCGGUUUAACUUUGAUUGAUUUAGAGGGGCUUCUUGAAGAGUCUGACGAUCAUCCACUUGUACAGAGCAAGUGA